UUUUCCCCUUCCUGGUGAGCGUGAAGCGAUAGGAAAUGGCAUGGACGGAUGAACGCUCAACUCCGUUCACAUACUCUGGUACAGGUUAGGGUUAUGGACGUCCCAAGAAUUCCAGAUUGCAAUGACCAAGGUACACGCCUGCGCUCUGACUUACUACACUGAAAACACUUCGCUCAACUCCAGCUUGAACCCCAUCCCCCGGGCCCGUUUACAGCAUGGAAAGGAAAGUUCUUGCACUCCAGGCGAGGAAGAAAAGGACAAAGACGAAAAAACCCGGCAAAAAUCUUCAUCCCUCCACACCCUCCCUUUCUUCCUCUCUCACUUCCUCUUUCUCUCUCGCCUCAGUAGCUCACUAGUAUUAGCUGUGCAGUGUGUUCAGUUCUGGUGUGGUACAGAGGAGAGCUGGGGAGAGGUGUUGCGAGCGAGCCCCAGAUCAGAGCACCGUUCCUGGGUUAGCCUGGCCGAGCCUUCCCCUGCCUCUGGGCCAUGUGGCUUCUGGACUGGAUCGUCUCUCUCAACCCCUGCCGUUGUCAAGCUGGCCACCGGCCUGAGGUGCAAACCAGACCCUGCACCGCGGGGAGGUGCGUCCAAGCAGAAUGACUCUCCUAUCCCAGACCAAGAGGAGGAGAUACUGGGCUCUGAUGACGAGGAGCAGGAGGAUCCCAACGACUACUGUAGAGGAGGUUACCACCAUGUGAAGAUAGGAGACCUGUUCAAUGGAAGAUACCAUGUGAUCAGGAAGCUGGGCUGGGGACAUUUCUCCACUGUAUGGCUGGCCUGGGACAUACAGGGGAAGCGUUUUGUGGCCAUGAAGGUGGUGAAGAGUGCAGAGCACUACACUGAGACGGCCCUGGAUGAGAUCAAGCUGCUGAGAUCGGUGAGGAACACAGACCAGAACGACCCCAGCAGAGAGAAGGUGGUUCAGCUACUAGACGACUUCAAGAUCUCUGGCAUGAACGGCAGUCAUGUCUGUAUGGUGUUUGAGGUUCUGGGUCAUCACCUGCUGAAGUGGAUCAUCAAGUCUAACUAUCAGGGCCUUCCUCUGCCCUGUGUCAAGAGUAUCAUUCGACAGGUUCUCCAGGGGCUGGACUACCUCCACUCAAAGUGUAAGAUCAUCCACACGGACAUCAAGCCAGAGAACAUCUUGUUGACUGUUAACGAGCCCUACAUUAGGAAUAUGGCUGCUGAAGCUACGGAGUGGCAGAGGACAGGAGCUCCACCCCCCUCUGGAUCUGCAGUGAGCACAGCCCCUGCGCCCAAACCAACGGCGAAGAUGUCAAAGAACAAGAAGAAGAAGAUGAAGAAGAAACAGCGGAAGCAGGCAGAGAUGUUAGAGAAGAGGAUUCAGGAGAUGGAGGGAGCGCCGGAGGGAGGAGAGGAGGAGGAGGGGGAAGAGGAGACUGAAGGGAUAACCACAGACACCCCCCCGCCAACCUCCGACACGCUACAGGACAUUGCUAAUGGUGUCACAGCAGACCCAGCUCCAGAUAAAACGGAGGAGGAGAGCAGGAUGGAGGUGAACUGCAAUGGCCACACCCUCUUGGAGAGCCAUGAGGUACAGAGGACCAGCGAAGAAGAAGAGGAGGACCAACAGAAAGCCAACAAACUUGACGCUGUAGCCCCCAACAACGCCAGUACACAGGGACGGGACUCGCCGGCCAACGCAGUUUACCCAGAAUGCAACGGCAGAGUGCCCGGCGACUCCGGAACACACGAUAAAGAAGGGAGAGGAAAGGAGGGCAAGACGGAGGAGUGUAAACGACCAGAGAAGGAUGAGGAGGAGAGAAAAGACGAGGAGAUGGAGACUGAUGUGGUGCCUGGAAGAGAGGAUGAAGAGGAGGAGGGCGAGAGGAACGAUAAAAUAGCAGCAGGCAGUCUGUUGGUCAACCCUCUGGAACCUCUCAAUGCAGACAAGAUCCAGAUCAAAAUAGCUGACCUGGGGAAUGCCUGCUGGGUGCACAAGCACUUUACAGACGACAUCCAAACUCGUCAGUACCGUUCUCUGGAGGUUCUGAUGGGAGCCGGCUACGGGACGCCUGCUGAUAUCUGGAGCACUGCCGCAAUGGCUUUUGAGCUGGCUACAGGAGACUACCUGUUUGAGCCUCACUCUGGGGAGGACUACUCUAGAGAUGAAGAUCACAUAGCUUUGAUCAUUGAGUUGUUGGGUAAAGUUCCUAAGAAGCUGAUCCUGGCCGGAAAAUACUCCAAGGAGUUCUUCACCAAGAAAGGUGACCUGAGGCACAUUACCAAGCUGAAGCCAUGGGGUCUGUUGGAGGUGUUGGUGGAGAAGUAUGAGUGGUCUAAAGAGGAGGCAGCAACCUUCGCUAGCUUCCUUUUCCCAAUGUUGGACCUGGUACCAGAGAAGAGAGCUACGGCUGCAGAGUGCCUCCGACACGCAUGGAUCACCCCCUAGAGGAGCCACAGCGCUACUACAGCCAACAAGCAGCUCAUACAGUACACACAUGCAUACAUACAUGAACAUAUGUACAUACACACACACACAAACAUACAUACGUAUUCACAAGCAUUCACACACACACACACAUAUAGAUACACACUAAGAGGAAGCCGUUGCAAGCACCAUGCCUGCAUUGCCUCCCUAGUGGCUCAACACACGCACAAACCAGGCUAGACUGGCUACUGAAGCCCUACUGGUGGCCUUCAUAGAAAACACUGGUUCCAGAUAAAUAAACACAAAGAAGCCCGAUCCAGCAGCACUAUAUCUAUUUAUGUCUCUCUUUUUCUUUUUGGUACUGACUGGAUAUGACUUGAGUAUCUGAUCUCUUUUUCUUUAUUUACGCUUGUUUUUCUCUGUGCCAAUGAUGACACCUCUAACAAGUUUCGUUCAGUUUCUCUUCUGUUUGUGUUCCUUUGUUUAACAGAUGUGCAUGUUCAGAGUUAAGAUCAAACCUCACAGACCUCCACUGGACAAUUUCAAGACCAAUCCAAUCAUAUCUACAGAACACCCACUGUACCACUAUACUAGCACAUCCGAAUGGUAGUUAUUUUAUAUACAGUAUUGAUAGAGGUUAGUGUAGGAUUGUGGGGAAGAGUAGCUACCUAGAAAGUAAUAAAAAGAAUCAAAGGAUUCUCCAUGAAGUACUCCUGAACUGGAAUUGACUGAAUGCAAUGGAACUUGUUCUGUUUCUCUUCUAUGACAUCAUCCCUGUCCUAUCCUUCCUUGUCUCAUUCCAAGCAGCCGUUUUGGAAUGGCACUUACCACAGUGUGGAGAUGGUACCAUCAUACUCUAUCCCGCGUUUCAUGUACUACCUUCUGUUACCUGCAUUGAUCCACAGACCAUGACUAGACCAAUGCUACUGAAUAACCAUGUUUCAAACUAGCCAGCCGAUUCUGACGUUACCGUUACGCUUGUUUACACUAAGCUGCACUGGGGUCGGAACGCAAUCAUGGUUAGAUUUGGACACCGCGGAGCCGGGGUGCACUGUCUACAACGUUCCUCAAUGCAGCGAUGGGAUGUGCCACUGUACCCAAAUUGUACUUCAAUUCAAACUGCCCUUUUCCUCCUCAUCCGAGCUAGCAGUAGGCACAGCAGCCAUUAUGGAAUGGCACGUCGCGUUGAACAACAGAGGCUGAUUGGCUGACACUGCCAUUCCAAAAUGGUGGCGGUGGCUACUGCUCGCUAGCAUGAGGAUGAAAGGGCAUUUUUCUAGUAAAAUUAGCAGUAUUUCAAUCUUCUUGAUGUAUCAGUUUUGAUAUAGGUAAACCUUUCAGUACAGUGUUAUAUCCAAGGAUGUAUAUAAAACCUGGAUUGCUGAUUCUAUGUAUUGGCCAAUGAGUGGCUUUGAAGCAACCGGUCGACCAUAUUGGCACUCCCUAGAAGAGGCAGUCCUUCAUAGGACUUAAUGGAAUUCCACAGUAUUUCAAUUAAAUUAAAGGACAAAAUGACCUGUAUUUAAAUAUUUUUGUUGUGGGGACAGUAACAAUUUAAAAGUAUGCAUUAAGGUGUCUAACAGAAAAAACUUGGUAAAAACAGACUUGGUAAUAAAUGCAUUUUUAUAGCUUCCCAAACUUUUUUUUUUUUAAACAAUGGUGGAGUGCCAAGAUGACGGCCCUGUAAGUCAUCUGUGUGUGUGUGUGUGUGUGUGUGUGUGUGUGUGUGUGUGUGUGUGUGUGUGUGUGUGUGUGUGUGUGUGUGUGUGUGUGUGUGUGUGUGUGUGUGUGUGUGUGUGUGUGUGUAAAUCAUUGGACACAUCCCAUCCCUGCAUUGAGAAGUUUUCCAGCCCAUAUCUCGCUGCGGCUCUGUGGUGUCUUAAUCUAACCAUGAUUGUGUUCUGACCCCAGUGCAGCUCAGUGUAAACAAGCGUAACAUAGGGUCAGAAUCUGUUGGCUAGUUUCAUACCUCUCCUGUGGUGUUUAAGGUUCUAGAUAAGGUUUGCCUCUGAGAAAAUAAUGCCUCUUUUUUUGCUAGAUGGUGUGAUACAAAAGAUUUUCCCGUUUCAGAAAAAUGAUCAGAAUCAGAAUUCUGUAUUCGAUUCCAGAACAGAUUUACCAAAAAAAUUACUCCUUAUUCUUUAUAUAGUUGGAACGGGGUGCCAUUUUAGGCACAACCCAUAUCUGAACCCCUAUCUUGUACAUACAUAUCUGUACCAAAGAGUUGGCCUUGUCUCUCUGAACUUGUGUUUGGAGCUUCUGUUUGAACUGUGUAUAUUAUGAAGGAGCGGAAGCUCUGCCUGUGUCCCAAAUGUUACCCUAUUACGUAUUUUGUGCCCUAUUUAUGACUAGAGCCCAUUUAGGCUCUGGUCAAAAGUAAUGCACUAUAUAGGGAAUAGGGUGCCUUUUGGAAUACACACUCUGCUAAGGUGCAAAUGUUUGAAUGAGUCGUUAUGAGGUCGAUUGAUGCCUUGAGACGCAUUUGCUAGGUUUUUUUGCUGCAUUUUUAAAGCUUAUUUUCAUACUGACUUUGCCCCUCUUGCAGUGUAGGACUGUUUUUAAAUGCAUCAAAGAGAGAGAAAGGUAUAAUCGUGGAUUGUAAUAAAGAAUGAUGACGCUGUUAUAAUACUUUAAAGGGUGCCCUCCCCCCGAUCCCAUUGGUUGCUCUUUUUCUACAAGCCCCUCUCCUCCCGCCCUCGUUCUCAAUGCGCUCUUUCCCUUACCUCUCCUUGCCUUUCUUCCUCAUCUGCCUCCCCCUCUCCUGACCUCCCUCUCUGCAUUUGAUUGUUCACUGCUAAACUAAGCAUUUUCUGUAGUUGAAUAAACAUUUAGAUUUUGAAAAUGUCUGACUUGUACUUGUUAGGAGGCUGUGCAGUAUAUUCUAUAUUCAAGUAAAGCACGGUCAUGGUAUAUUAAUAUGGAACAUUUUAUUAUCAUUUAUCAGUGUUCUACCAGGUACAUGUAUUAUUGUAAAGUGAUGCACUAAAGUGGAGUUGAUAUUGA